UUUCUUUCACCGGAAAAAAAACGAAAAAAAAACUUACCUCAAAUUAAAUCCAAAAAGUGCUUUUAAAAAGUUCGAUUAAAAUCUCUUUACAAUACCGCCAUGAGAUCCUUGCGUUUAUCCUCGCUGGCCGCGCUCGCCUUCGCCGCCUGCCUCAUCGGCCUACUGCAGCUCUGCACGACCGUCAACGCCGAUUAUCCUGGCGUCAUCGAGCUAGUCGGCUACAGCAAUCGGCGCGCACGCACGCAUUACAUGCCACCAGCUGGCGAUAAUCCCACACUCGCCCCACCGCCAGCCAAAAUUCAAGCCGACAUCGAAACGGUCAAAGCGAAUAUCGAGAAGUACAACAAAUUACUAACUCUGGAUACGAAAAAUUUACCCGAAUCACAAAAGGAUAUGCUGGAGCGUAUAGUUGAACGUGUGGCGCGUCUCAAAGAGUCGCUAGACAUCGAUGAUAGCGAGCGCCUGGCAGCGUCAGCUAAGCCCAUCGCGAGCGACGCCACACCACCGGCAGCUACUGACGCCGAAGGCAGCGAGACAUUGGCUGCUAAAACGACUGGCAUUACCACAGAGGCCUCUACCCAAGCCGAGGCCGAAACCGAUCCAACGCUAGUCUUGGACGAGACUACACUGCUGCACUUGCAAACCUCCAUGGAUGAGCUGGCCGUCGCACAGGCGGCAGUGACGGCACAAACUUCGAUUGCACGCGACUUGCCCAUGCCCACCACCACAGAAUAUAACUUCAAUAUAGCCAGCAGCGGUGUUGAACCAACGGACAGUGGCACAGAUAGCAGCGAAAAUGAGGACACCACCGAGAGUUUGCUGACAGCAGGUGGCACAGCCGCCGCUGAUUAUCCCACCACUACUGUGGAACCAUUCACCGAUGCCACUGAUGCUGAUGAUCAGUUUGUGGCAGCACGUUCCAACAACAAUAUUGCUGCUGCCUCAAUACGAGCCGAAUCGGAGGAGUCGACGAGCAGCAAUGGAGGUGGCAACAGCGGCAGUGGCAUUACCACAAUUGGCAGCCAGCGUACACUCACCACUAGCGGCAAAUUGACGAAGACGCGUGCCACUAAACGACCCGGCUCUGGAGGUAUUACCAAAACGGGCAUACCAAAGCGAGGCCAGAAACCAGGCGGCACAACUGCUGGCGUACAUCGCAAUAAGCAGAAGUUGGCCACCACUACUACGCAACCAUUGCAGGCUUACCAACGUCCACAGCCGCAAUAUCAGCAGCCGCAAAAGCAACCACAAUUGCAAUACCAGAAGCCGCCACAAGCAUCGCCACAAUUGCCGCUGUCGGCCACUUCGCCCUUGUAUCAGGCGUCGCAUAAAGUUUCCGUGCCGUCAUCGGCUGCAACAUUUGCCACAGAUAAGACUUCUGCUGCAGCUGCUGCCGCCGCCGCCGCCGCCUCCGCCGCCGCUGCGUCCACAGCAGCCGUAACAUCUGCGUCCGGGGGCUACUCUUCUACACCCAUCACCACAACAUUGGCCAAUAACUAUGGCAAUGUGAACAACGAUAUGGACUACGAGCCGCAAGUCAAUACGUCGGCGUUAAUUGAUAGCCUGAAUAAUGCACGCGAAGAAUUCUAUUUGCAGAAACAAGGCGUCAGCAAUAAGGAUAAG